AUGUUUCAAAAAGAUCAAUUACUGAACCAACUUGCAAAUUGCACUCAUUCACAAUCAUUAUCCACGAAUAAUUUUCUUCUCUCGGACUACACCAUUUUAAACAAGGAAAACUCGAGUGGAUAUUUAGGGAAAAUACUAUAUUUGCAACACAAGACUCAACAUGAUUCAUCAUGUAUUUUGAAAAUGGUUCCUUCCGCUCCGAAGAGUGAUAUCACUGUUCAGAAUGAUGAUCAAGAGAGUAAUAAUCUAAUUCAAACCAUCAUGUUGAAUUCUGUUCAGAUCCACAAAAGAGAAUGUUUCUUUUAUUCGGAACUAUUACCCAUGAUUCAUCGAUUACAGUUAUUGAAUCAAGAUGAAAUUUUGUUUCCGAAAAUGUAUCAAUAUUAUAUUGAAGAAGAGAAUGGUAAAGCAUUUCCUAGAGGAGGAGGAUUUAUUGUCAUGGAAAAUUUACUUUGUGAGAAUGUUCAAACAGUGGCUCAUUGUGAUGAAUUGACAAUACGUGGAUUGUCCUCACAAGAAUUUAUCAGAACGUUGAAAAGUCUUUCAAAAUUUCAUGCCAUUUCUUUUCAUCCAGAGUUGAGAUAUAAAAUUGAUCAAGCUCAACAAUUGAUGGACCAACACGGCAAUCAACAAUUGUUAAAUAAUAAGUUAUAUGAAGAGAGUAUUGAAGGGGAAUUUUCGAAAAUAUUUACUGAAUAUGCUCUUAAUUUAUUGAGCACCAAAUUCAAAGAUCAGGAAUUUAUUUCGUAUGUGAAUCAAAGUAAGGUAUUUCGAUCAUUGGGAAAACCACUUGAAUUUUACCAAGAGUUGAUUGAAAAGUUAGACAGUUUAUGGAACGUCUACGACCUGGACAGCAAAAACUCACCUCUUUUGAGUGUAUUAUGUCAUGGAGACUUUUGGCUCAACAACGUUUUAUUUUUGCAACACCAACAACACUCUCCACAACAGUCGACACUUGCCUUCAUUGAUUUUCAAUGGGUCCAUAUUGGCCCUCUUUUCAGAGAUUUAUUCUACUUUAUUUACAGUUCCAGUGAACUUGACAUCUAUUUAUUAUUAAGCGAUGAAAGAAAAAAGCAAGAAUUUCUCUUGCAACAUUACUUUUCAAUUUUACAAGAAUGGUUUGAGAAAUACAAGGACAACAGUGAAUCUUUGGUGAAUGUCGACACGAUUCUGAAUUUUAUGGAACAAGCCAACACAUUGAAACGACUUGGAUUGAAACAAUUCAUUCUCUCUUUUGAAAUAUUUCUAGAUUCAGCACAACGAGUGAAUCAAACAGAAUAUUGGCUUAAUGCCAUUGAUCGACUUUUACUGGUCUUUCAUGAUUGUGCAUUGGUAUGA